GAUCGACUUGCCUGCUUCGCCCCUCUGCAGAGCGGAAAGGGGCGCCGUGUUUCCGGGAGCGCGCGUCGGUCCACCAAACCCAGGCGACUCAGCAUUUGCCUGCUUUUCUGGCAUGUGACUGUCAACGAAGGCAAAGGAAUAGAGUUUGAAACACGGUAGUCUGUCAAAGACAGCAGGAGGGAAAGAGUUCUCCGGUUGUCACCGCGCUCUCCUGCCGAGGCGGACAGAGAUGGAGCGGCUGUGCGGACCAGAGCUCCCUUUCUGGGUGGCCAAUCAGACGCUCCACACGGAUCAGCCUGACCUCCCCAUUUGUUUCCAGCUCACCCUCCUGGCAUGGCUGCCGUGCAGCUACUUAUGGGCUGUCUCCCCUAUCUACCUCUUCUACCUUAAAAAGAACAACAAAGGCUACAUCAUGAUGUCCAUCAUGAACAGAUUUAAAACGGUGUUUGGCUUGUUGUUAUGGAUUGUAUGCUGGACAGAUCUCUUCUACACAUUCCACGAAAUGCAGCAGGAAACCAGUGAGCCGCCAAUUUUCUUUGUCACCCCCUUGGUGCUGGGGAUGACCAUGCUGCUGGCCACAUUUUUGAUCCAGAUUGAGAGGUUACAUGGGGUUCAGUCCUCUGGGGUCCUCUUCAUCUUCUGGUUCCUGUCUGUGCUGUGUGCCAUUGUGCCUUUCCGCUCCAAGAUCCUGCAAGCAUACAGUGAGGUGGAAGUUACAGACAAGUUGCGGUUUGCCACGUUCUACUUGUACUUUGGCUUGGUGGUCUUGGAACUGAUCCUCUGUUGCUUUAAUGAGAAACCUCCCCUCUUCUCCAAUGUUGACACGGACCCGAAUGUCUGCCCUGAAUCCACAGCUGGUUUUCUAUCCACCAUGACAUUUUGGUGGUUCACAAGUUUGGCCAUUAAAGGAUAUAAAAUGCCCUUGGAAGCCAAGGACCUCUGGUCGCUGAACCAGCGUGACGGCUCUAAAGCAAUGGUGCCCAAACUCCUGAAAGAGUGGGAUAAAGAGCAAGCCAAAUCAAAGAGUGAACAGAACCAAUCCAAUCAGGUGUUGUACUCUAAGCCUCCACCAUCCAACACCAACCACAUAGAAAAUGAAAGUGGAACAAUCCCAGAAGAAGUGGAAGUGCUGCUGUCCAGUCAGAAAGCUGUAGCCAGCCAGCCAUCCUUUCUUCGUGCCCUUAUCAAAGCCUUUGGGCCAUAUUUCUUGAUUGGCUCAGCUUUCAAGCUCCUGCAGGAUGUCAUCACCUUUGUUAACCCUCAGCUGCUCAGAAUGUUGAUCUCCUUCACAAAGCAAAAGGAUGUCCCUGACUGGUGGGGUUACUCGCUGGCCUUCCUCAUGUUCUUCACUGCUUUUCUGCAGACUCUCAUCCUACACCAGCACUUUCAGUACUGCUUUGUCACUGGCAUGAAUGUACGCACAGCUCUAAUUGGAGCUAUAUACAGGAAGGCGUUGGUGAUAACUAAUGCUGCCAAACGCUCAUCUACGGUGGGAGAGGUGGUGAACCUGAUGUCUGUAGAUGCUCAGAGGUUCAUGGACCUCACCACCUUCCUCAACAUGCUCUGGUCGGCUCCUCUUCAGAUUAUGCUGGCACUAUAUUUCCUCUGGCAGAAUCUUGGCCCUUCCGUUUUGGCUGGAGUGGCUGUCAUGAUCCUACUGAUUCCAUUUAAUGCUGUAAUCGCCAUGAAGACACGCUCCUAUCAGGUGGAGCAGAUGCAGCACAAGGAUGCUCGUAUUAAGCUCAUGAACGAGAUCCUGAAUGGCAUCAAAGUACUGAAGCUGUAUGCCUGGGAGAACUCCUUCAAAGAAAAGGUUUUGGCCAUCCGCCAGAAGGAGCUCAAUGUACUGAGGAAGACGGCAUAUUUGGGAGCACUGUCCACCAUGGCUUGGACCAGUGCCCCUUUUCUGGUUGCCUUGACAACAUUUGCCGUGUAUGUUAAAGUAGAUGAGAACAACAUCCUGGAUGCGGAGAAGGCCUUUGUUUCGCUUUCACUUUUCAACAUCCUCCGUUUCCCUCUGAACAUGCUUCCCCAAGUUAUAAGCAGCCUCGUACAGACAAGCGUGUCACUGAAGCGAAUCCAACAUUUCCUGAGUCAUGAUGAACUGGAUCCAAAUUCAGUGGACAGAAAGAUCACAGCAACAGAGUUUUCAGUCACGGUCGUCAAUGGGAAAUUUACCUGGGCUAAAGAAGAUUCUCCUGUUUUGCACAACAUUAAUGUGAUGGUUCCCCAUGGCUCUCUGCUGGCUGUGGUGGGUCAUGUCGGCUGUGGGAAAUCCUCCCUAAUAUCUGCCCUGCUGGGUGAAAUGGAGAAACUGGAAGGAGAGGUUUCUAUUCGGGGAUCAGUGGCGUACGUCCCUCAGCAGGCCUGGAUACAGAACGCCACUUUGCGCGAUAACAUCCUGUUUGGGAGACCAUACAAGGAGCAGAAGUACUGCUGCGUUCUGGAGGCCUGUGCUUUAACCCCUGACCUGGAGGUUUUGCCAGGAGGAGACAUGACUGAAAUAGGAGAGAAGGGAAUCAACCUCUCUGGAGGCCAGAGACAGAGGGUCAGCCUGGCUCGAGCUCUUUACAGUGAUGCAGAUGUCUACCUACUGGAUGACCCGCUGUCUGCUGUAGACGCCCACGUGUCCAAACAUAUAUUUGACAACCUCAUUGGUCCAGAAGGGGCUCUGCAGGGCAAGACCCGUAUUCUGGUGACACAUGGCAUCAGCUACUUGCCCCAGGUUGACAAUAUAUUGGUGAUGGUGGACGGCAGAGUGUCGGAGAUGGGCUCCCAUCAGGAGCUGCUCCAGCAGAAUGGAGCCUUUGCUGAGUUUCUCAGGAACUACACUCUGGAGGAUAUUAUAGAGGAGGAUGAAGCCACAGAGAAAAUAAUUGACAGCGAAAGUUUGUUCCCCGAUGACGCCCUUGGUAACCACAUAGACAUGGUGGACACUGAGCCAGGAAUCAAUGAAGCAAAGAGAAAAUUUAUAAGGCAAAUCAGCAUAAUUUCAGCAGAUGGUGAGACCCCAAAAUCCUGGUCGCUGAGGAGGCAUGGCUGUAGCCAGAGGAAACUCCCAGAGCCACAAGAAAAGAAGAAGCCACACAACUUAGAGAAACUCAUCCAGGCCGAGACUGCAGAAACAGGCAGGGUGAAAGUAAAGGUCUACCUGGAAUACGCCAAGGCGGUGGGACUGGUAUUGUCCGUGCUGAUUUGCUGUCUAUAUGGCUGCCAGAGUGCAGCCUCCAUUGGGGCAAACAUUUGGCUCAGUGAGUGGACCAAUGACGUCAUGCAAAAUCAAACUCAGGAAAACGUUAAUAUGAGAGUUGGAGUGUAUGCAGCGCUGGGGCUCACACAAGGUUUGCUGUUGUUGGUUAACUCCCUGUUGUCCCAGGCCUACAGUAUGCUAAGGGCAGCCAAGCUCAUACACCACAACCUGCUUCAGAGGGUCCUGCGAGCGCCCCAGGCCUUCUUCGAGAGCACCCCCGUUGGGCGGUUAUUAAACCGCUUCAGCAAAGAUGUGGAUGCCAUAGACUCCCUCCUUCCACAUCAAAUUGACAUAUGGAUGUGCACUUUCUGGUACACACUGAAUGUGCUGCUCAUAUGCUCUGCCAUCACCCCCAUGAUCCUCAUAGUCUUAGCCCCGUUAAAGGUGUUCUAUUGGUGGGUUCAGAUAAAUCGUAAAUAAGUAUAUUACAUGCAUGUCUGAGCGUGUUGAUAAUGAGAGAGUCUGCUGUUUUCGCUCUGAUGAGCAAGUGGUGGCAUUUAUUGGUUUACAAGAUGUUAGUUUGGCACAGUUCAGUGCCACUUGGUUCACUUGAUGACACCGAUAAUCUCAGCGAUUUUUUUUACAUGCAAAAAACAUGACAAUACAAUCUCAAAGCUCAUAAGGAAGAAAUAAUAUACAUUUUUUGAUCUUCAAUAGUCCUCUUUGGACAUUAAUGUUGCACUUAUUUUCUACUUUUCUAUAGCACCUUGUUAAGGCCAAGCCUAAGAAUAUAUAUUCCUCAAAACAUAAAAUCCCAAAUCCCAGAUUUGGACGAAUUAAAUAUUUUGUUGAAGGAUUACUUGAUUAAAUUGUUGGGAACUGUUUUUUUUAACAAAUAUCAAUACAUUUAAAAAUGAUCAAACCAGUGAGAAUUGUAUAGAACGAGCUUCUGUAAAUUUCCUCUCGAAAAAAAAUCGUAGUGCAGCUCAGAAGUUCUACAGCUCUCCCUACAAUGUUACUCCUGUUGAGACAACAAAUGGUCUCUGGGGGGAUUCUGAAACAAAGCAAGAGUCAGCAAUAGUGUCAAUGCUUUCGUCAACUGCUGCCAUACUCCAGGUACUCUUGUGAGGCAUUGCAUUGUCAUCAACAGAAGUAACCCAGGGCAUAGUCUGUCGGUGGGUCUGACUGAGGGUCUCAUCCUGUUUACUAACAGCAGUCAGGAUACCUUUGUCUAGCACAUUGAGGUAUGAGUGGCCCAGCCUUUCAACAAUAUGAAUAUGGAGGUUUUAGUGUGGCACAUGACGCCCUCAUGUCACUUUCAUGAAGUUUCGGUCUUUUGGUAGGACUCUGUUAGUGCUUCCUCUGUUCCUCUUUGCACAUAGUUUGCAGAUCGUUGACUAUUUGGAGUUCUCUUUAUCGUUUGAGCAGUAUAUUUACAUUCACAAAAGUGAGUGUCACAUUUCUGCCAAUUAUGGUAUUGUUUUAAACCCUCUCGGACACAUUAACUUUUUAAUGGUCUUCAAAGCCAAAAAAGACAUAAAAGUACUGACAUUUUUCAAUGGGUGCAAAAACAUUUAGGAUUUAUAUAUUUUUUAACUUCUUUUGCUGAAAUUUCUCAAUAAACUUCAGUCCUUAACAAAAUUAUCAAACAAAACAUUUUACGUGAAAAAAUACUCAUGAAAGGACAAAAAAGUCACCUUUGUCCCCUGUGGAUAAUAGGACAACACUAAAGAAAUGCCCUUUUGAUACAAUGUAAAGUAGUCAGUGUACAGCUUGUAUAACAGUGUAAACGCAGUCAACUCACCUGUUCGGGGUCGCGGGGUGUGCUGGAGCCUAUCUCAGCUGCCUUCAGGCGGAAGGCGGGGUACACCCUGGACAAGUUGCCACCUCAUCGCAGGGCCAACACAGAUAGACAGACAACAUUCACACUCACAUUCACACACUAGGGCCAAUUUAGUGUUGCCAAUCAACCUAUCCCCAGGUGCAUGUCUUUGGAGGUGGGAGGAAGCCGGAGUACCCGGAGGGAACCCACGCAGUCAUGGCAUUUAUGUCUAAACUACUAAUAACAAAAAUAAGUACACCCCAUUGAAAAUGUCAAAAUUGUGCCCAAUUAGCUAUUUUUUUCUACAUAGUGUCAUGUGACUUGUUAGUAUUAAAAGGUCUCAGGUGUGAAUGUGAAGCAGGUGUGUUAAAUUGGGUAGUAGAGCUCACACACGUUCAUACUGGUAACUGGAAGAUCUGGAAAUUGCUGGAAAAAUAUAAUCACAUAAAUAAUUGACACUUUGAACACAAUUUGGACAUUAACACUUAGCAGCAGUUUAGACAUUAAAGACUGUGUUGUCACGAACGGCUUGGCCGCAGCAGGACCCCAACGCAAAGCAGAAAAUUCAAUGAUAAUAACAAAAAGCACUCUCUAAAAGAAGUGAGGGAAAAUAACUAAGGAUGCACACAUAAAUUGGAGAGCUUAGGAGGAAAUGAGUAUCAGGCAGGUGGCUUCGCCCAAUGACCCAGAAACCAGGCACUGCUACAAAAAGAUCAUGACACAUGUUGAGUUAUUUUACACUCUUACCAGUUACUGUAAAUUACUCUUACAAGCUGUACAAUGACUACUUUACAUUGUACUAAAGUGUCAUUUCUGUAGUGUUUGCCCAUUCAGAUAUUUAAUACAAUAUUUUCAGACAAAUGAGGAGUGUACUUACUUACUUAUUAAAUAUUGUAUUUAUAUUUGCAUCAAGUCCUAAAAUUAUAUAUAUGUAGAUAUAUUUAAUAAUCCCAUGUUGUUAGGGAGUACAUCUAUUAUGAAGUUUUCAAACUUCUAAACUUUUUGCCACAAUAUAAUCUCAUUUGGAUCACCCACCAGAUAAUAUUAUUAUUCCUGCCACUGGAUCGGCUUUACCAUUUACUUGAUAUCACUUGUGGUGUCCGACCCAGAUGAAUAGUGCAUGGUUGCCGGAAAUUUUUUUUAGUAGGUAGUGUUUGUUUAUUCUGCUUAUUUCUUUAAAAUAUUUACUAAAUAUAUCUCAAAUUGGUAAAAUUACUACAUCAGCUAAUGGAGAUGAUUGUAGAGUCCUAGAAUAAUUAACAUGUUUGAUUUUUUUGGACAAUCUAACACAGAAUACAUAACAAAGUAGUGUGAUUAUCAUGAAGAGGUUUUGUAAGAAGAUAUUUGAAAUUCAAACAAACACACAACUGAAUUAAAAAAAAUGUAUGCUGGUCAUUCUGUUUUCUUCCCUUUAAUUCAGUACUAACAUGAGCCAAAUCAAACCUCAUUCCUUCUCUGCAUGGCCAUUGGCUGUUUCAUGUCACUGUAAGAGUGUCUUCUGUUCCCUGACUACUCACUAAAACCAAAAUAAUGACAGACGUACUUACAGUACUAACACACACAGAAUCAGCAUUUGAAUGAUACGCUUAAUGUACAACAAACCCCCUGCAGUCUGAGCCUGACAUUAACAUGCAGCAAGGCUGUACAUUUUUACUAAAAAGGGAUUUGCAUGUUGACUCACCUCAAAUGAGCUCAUGUCACAUUAAUAAGCAUGUCUGACAAGCAUUGUAAGCGUUUUUUGUUUGUCAUAGGCUUGUUUUUGUGUGUGAUUGCGGAAUAUUGUGUGUGUACAUGUUAUUGUAUAUUAUUUCUUUGCAAUAUGUCAAGCAUUGCAGUUGACUUGUUGGUUUUAAUCCCAUGUUUGUUUUUCUCCCCUUAAUGCCCUUAGAGAUUUUAUGUUGCCACAUCUCGGCAGCUAAAGCGUCUGGAGUCUGUAAGCCGCUCGCCCAUUUAUUCCCAUUUCUCUGAAACCAUCACUGGUUCGAGUGUUAUCCGAGCUUUUGGCAGAUGCUCUG